AUGGACGCCGCUGGCCACGAUGGAGUGAUAUGCAUAGAUAUGCUCAGCUGUGCAGCCCUGGUCUUGGGGAAGCCGCUCGACGACGUGGACUUGCAGAAAAGCUUCGUCGUCAACGGCGGAGACUCGCUCAGGGCCAUCCUGCUGCAGUCUAUGCUCCGAGAGCAUGGUUACAACAUUACUCGCGAGGACCUCCUGACCAGCCCCACGAUCGGAGACGUAUUUCGAGACGGAGCAUGCACACGGCCACCCCUGGACCAAGCCACCUCCUGGGUCUCGUCAUCUAACAACUCGCACCCUGACACCGACUCGUCUGGGCGCGCGUCCUCGUCCUCGGCGGCAUCCUCCUCCCCAGUCUCAGCAUCACAGUGGGCUGGCAGCUUGCAGAGCCUGGGAGAAGCACAUCUGCGGGCAGGGCAGGCGACUGACGGCAGCCAUAGAAACCAAGUUUACGACCUCCUCACAGAGCUGCAGCUAUCUCUCGUCCACGAGACCAUCACACACUGCGGCUCCAAUAUCAUCACGUACAGCGAAUUACACCACCCCAAGAGCGCCGAGACAUAUCGAAAGGCAUGGAUACAGGUCUUGAACGACGAGGCUAUCUUCAAGCGGUGCUGUCUCGGCCCUCUAUUUUCCAAGCAGGGCAGGGCAGCCGAUGCAGACGUCGCUGGCUUAACCCUCGACGGAUCGACAGGUCUCGACAGCGAGUGGCCAGGGUGGUCGCUCGAAAUGUGCAGGGCCGGGAAGACGACCGACGACGGCAUGGAGGAGCUCAUGGAAAUUACGUUCAAGGUCCAUCAUGCUUUGAUCGACGCCUCUUCGCUGGAGGCGCUUGUUUCCAAGGUCAGAGCUCGGGCCAACGGCAUGCAGACGAAGCCAGGGACUUCUUUUUGGGACUGGGCCCUGCUGCUCCGGCACCACCAGCAAGACCACAAAGCGGAGGGAGACAAGUUCUGGGCCCAAACGAUGGUGAAGCACCCCGAUGCCAAGGGUCACAUGGCGCUUCCGACUCCGGCUAGAACUCUUCAGUUCGAGGCAGAGGUCAAAAGACAUGACUUCUCCGUGAAUGCCGAAGCCAUCCAAGUGAGGGCCAGAGGGCUCGGCGUCACACCUGCUGCCAUCUUCUACGCCGGCUGGGCGCUUGUAGUAGUCACGUACGCCGACAGCGACAGCGUCGUGUUCGGCUCCGUCUUGAGCGGCCGAGGGCUGGGUGUCCCGGAUUCGUUGGACGCCAUUGGCCCACUGAUCAACGUCCUCCCUCUACACGUCGCCGUCUGCCGGGACGCGCCUCUCCGAGAUUUUGUGUGGGGUCUGUUUGUCGACACUGUCAACCUGGAGGCCCUCGCAUGGACGUCAACCGAGAAUGGCUUCCGUCGUGACUACGAGUCGGCCCUGUCGGUGCAGUUGCAGCUGCCAGAGGCGGUGGAUGGGAGCCACCCGGCGGCGAAUACGUACCAGGCCAUGCCCGUCAGCCACUCGAGCUGCCAGCAGUCCCGGGUUCCUAUCAGCGUAACGGUCAAGGAUGCCUCGCGGGUCACCAUCGACUUCCACUCCAGCCGGUACGGUUCCCGGGAUGCGCGACUCGUUGCAGAUUGCUACGAGCGCGCCCUAGACAUGAUGCUGACCGUGGACGGCAAGGUUGACGACGCCAUGCAGGGCCUGCUUUCCUGUCAAUCCUACUCCCAGCUGAUGCGGUGGGGCAAUUGCAUCACGGGACUCACCACAAGAGCGUCUGUCAAGGACGACCUGGUAACGCUGUUUGAAGCGGCGGCCGAGGCCAACAGUCAACGCACGGCUCUCGAGAAGGGCGACCGAACCAUGACGUAUGCAGAGUUGCAGACCAGAUCGACCGCAAUCUGCGACGUGCUGGCCCCUGUUGUCACCGAGGGCGAUGUGGUGUGUGUGCACUCGGACAGGUCUCUCGAGUGGAUCUGCGCCAUCUGGGGUAUUUUGAAGGCCGGCUGCACAUACUGCUCCCUUGACCCCCAGCUGACGGCAGCCUGGCGCGAAAGCAUGGCCGAGGCCGUGUCCGCGACGGCCUUCAUCACCGCCACGACCGAGCAGCUGGACGAAUGGAGGCCCCGCCAUGUGCGACUGGCGUUUUCGGUAGAGUCCGUCCCGGGCUGCGCUCAAGCCGACGCCUCCACGACGACGCCGGUCCCUCGCACGCCCCGCCCCCACUGGCCGGCCUACAUCUGCUUCACAUCUGGCUCCACGGGCGUGCCCAAGCCCGUCGUCUGCACGCAUGCCGGUCUCGUGGCCUUCCAACGGGACCCGACCGUCCGGCUCGGGGCGAAACCGGGAGUGCGCGUGUCCCAAAUCAUGUCGGUUGCCUUUGACGGAAGCAUCCAUGAGAUCUUCUCGGCCCUCACGUACGGCGCGACUCUUGUGUUGCCUGCCUGCUCCCGGGAUGUUCUGAGCGUCCUUGGCAAGGUCGACUCGGCGGUCUUCACACCAUCCAUCGCUCGGGCGCUGCAGCCGGCCGACUUUCCGGGAUUGCAAACGGUUUACCUCGUCGGGGAGCCCGUUCCGCAGGCCGUGGCGGAUGCGUGGUCGGCAUGCAAAGACGUUUACAACAUGUACGGACCCACCGAGGCGACAUGUGGCGCCACCAUAAAGAGGCUCCGCAGCGGACAAGACGUCAACAUAGGCCGGCCAAACCCAUCAACGCGCGUCUACGUGCUCAACUCGAGCGGCGGGCUCUCUCAGCCAGGCAUGGUGGGACGCAUCCAUCUGGCCGGCGUGCAAGUCUCUCGAGGCUACCACGGCAUGCCGGAGCAGACCGGGGCCGUCUUCAGACCCGACCAGGUGAUGGACAACGGAGAGAUGAGCUACGACACCGGCGACAUGGGCUACUGGGACGAGCACGGCGACCUCGUCUGCGUCGGGAGGAGGGAUCGCCAGGUGAAGCUGCGCGGCUAUCGGGUCGAACUCAACGACCUCGAGAUCCGCAUCGCAGAGACUGUGCCCGAGGCCAACGCCGUCGCCGUCGCCGUGCGCAAGGGACUAGUGGAUGAGCUGCUGGUCAUGGUGCAGCCGGGCGGUCUCGACAUAGCGGCCAUGAGGUCCCGCCUCGAGGCCACCUUUCCACGGUAUUUGCUUCCCGGCCACAUCGUGGCGGUGGAUGCCAUUCCAACCACGCCGGCUGGCAAGAUCGACUACAAGGCCAUCGCACAAGUCGAAAUCGGCGCAGACGCAGCCGUGGCCCCUUCUGCCCCGGCGGCCGGGAUGGAAGAAGUCGUUGCAGCGGCCUUCUGUGCCGUACUGCAGAGGCCCGCGGCGCGGUGGCCCAUAGACAGGAACCAGAGCCUCGGAGAGCUGGGCGGUCACUCGAUGGAGCAGAUCAAAUUGGCUCGCCACCUGGCCAAGACGCUAGGAAUCCCAGUUUCAUUGCGCACAGUCAUCUCGAACCCUUCCAUCAAGGCGCUCGCUGGCGCCAUUGACCAGUCGCGCGCAGGACUCUCGCUUGCGUCAGCGACGACCGAGACGCCACCUGUACCCGAAAGUGUUACGCCCAUCGAGGCGGACUGGUUGGAAAAGUAUCGCGUAUCGAGCGGCACGUCGUGUUUCAACGUGUCCUCGCUGCACCGCUUCGAGCCAGACCGAGUCGACGUCGAUCGGCUGGAAAGGGCGCUGAACGGCGUCCUCCAGAGGCACCCGGUCCUCCGGGGCACGUAUAUAUCGAGCCGGGCGCCGAGGAGACCCGAGUACCGACGCAUCCUGACACGUCACUACCCCCGCGUCCAGCGAUUGCGCACCGUAGACGUCUGGUUGGAGCUCAACCGUCCCUUCCAGCCGCAUCAAGAACACCCCGUGCGUGUGGUGCUCGCGGACGACACGCUGCUCGUGGUCAUGAGCCACAUCGCCGCCGACUAUACGGCGUUGGCCACGGUUUUACGAGAGGCUUCGGUCCUUUACACCGGCGCAGAGCUACCCGUGCCAUCUGCAGGCGCAGCCUAUCCGGCUCAGCAGCUAUGUGGCGUGGAGCUGACAGAAGAGACGAAAAAGUACUGGCUGUCGACACUCUCCGACGUCCCUGCCCCUUGCGGCAUUCUCUCCAGCGUUCCUAGGAGAACGAGCUACCUGGGCCGGUCAAUCGUAUACGAGCUUGAUAAGGCCACCAGCCGCCAGAUACUGGCGUGUCGAUCGAGCCAUUUCGUGAGCCUGCAGCACCUCGGCAUGGCAGCCGUUGCACUAGGUCUUGUCAACCAGAGGCCCGGAGAACCGAAAGACCACGUCGACGUCAUGAUUGGUGUGCCGUACAUCAACCGCGGCAGCACCGAGCAGAUGGAGACGGUCGGCUUGUUCCUGCAGCCACUGCCGGUGCGCAUCAAAUACGACCGUGCGCCCGAGAACGUGGACACGCUGCUGAGGGAAGUGCAGCAGGCAACCCAGGCCGCACUUGCGCGUGGGCUGCCCUGGCACCAGCUCCUGGACCUUGCCCGCUGCAUACCCGACUACCCGGAUCAUCCGCUGUUUGACGUCAUGGUCAGCUUCCAUGAGCCAGAGAUGAUCCAGCAGCUUCGCAUGGACAUACCUACCCUGGAGCCCUGCUUUGCAUGGUCCUCUGGGGCCAAGUUCAAGAUGAUGUGUGAAUUUACGGCAGUUGCCGGGGAUUGUGUCGUCCUCCGGGUCGAGUACGACGACGGGUGCAUAAAUGAAGAGUCCCUGCGCGGGUUUGUCGAGGACGUGGCAGCAGCGUUGCACACGCUGACCAGCCGCUCAGAUGCACGCGAUCCGGCAAGCAGUCAACGACGCGGUCGGCUCACUGGUGGGUUUCGGGAUGAAAAGACUCUUCUGGGCAGGAGGUUAUCGGACUGGGCCAACUUGGCCACAUAG